UUCAUUUCUUAUUUACUCUCAUCCUUGCCUCGAUGAUGGGGAAAAUGGGUAGUAUCACUACACUUUUGCUGUUAUGUUUGGCUUUGAUUAGCAUAGCAAUUGAAGCCAUUGAUGUUUCCUACGAUGGAAGGGCCAUAACAAUUGAUGGCAAGAGAAAAAUCUUAUUCUCUGGCUCUAUUCAUUAUCCACGUAGUACUGCUGAAAUGUGGCCAUCUUUGAUUGAGAAAUCAAAAGAAGGUGGACUUGAUGUCAUUGAGACAUAUGUUUUUUGGAAUGUUCAUGAGCCUCACCCUGGCCAGUAUGAUUUUUCUGGAAAUUUAGAUCUUGUGAGGUUCAUUAAAACCAUUCAGAAUCAAGGACUUUAUGCCGUGCUUCGAAUUGGUCCAUAUGUAUGUGCAGAAUGGAACUAUGGGGGAUUUCCGGUGUGGUUACAUAAUAUACCUAACAUCGAAUUUAGGACAAACAAUGCUAUUUUUGAGGAUGAGAUGAAAAAAUUCACUACACUCAUAGUGGACAUGAUGCGACAUGAGAAGCUCUUUGCAUCACAAGGAGGACCCAUUAUUCUUGCUCAGAUUGAAAAUGAGUAUGGAAAUAUUAUGGGCUCAUAUGGUCAAAAUGGAAAAGAGUAUGUUCAAUGGUGUGCUCAACUAGCUCAAUCUUAUCAAAUUGGUGUGCCUUGGAUCAUGUGUCAACAAAGUGAUGCUCCAGAUCCUUUGAUUAACACAUGUAAUGGUUUCUACUGCGACCAAUGGCAUCCUAAUAGCAACAACAAACCUAAGAUGUGGACCGAGGAUUGGACUGGCUGGUUCAUGCAUUGGGGAGGACCAACUCCACAUAGAACUGCUGAGGACGUUGCUUUUGCUGUUGGGAGAUUUUUUCAAUAUGGUGGCACAUUUCAAAAUUACUAUAUGUACCAUGGAGGUACCAAUUUUGGACGAACCUCAGGAGGACCAUAUAUCACUACCUCAUAUGACUAUGAUGCUCCUUUGAAUGAAUACGGUGAUUUAAAUCAACCUAAAUGGGGACAUCUGAAACGACUUCACGAGGUUUUGAAAUCAGUUGAAACAACCUUAACUAUGGGUUCCUCCAGAAAUAUUGACUACGGAAAUCAGAUGACGGCCACAAUUUUUAGUUAUGCUGGACAAUCAGUUUGUUUCCUUGGAAAUGCACAUCCAUCAAUGGAUGCCAAUAUUAACUUUCAAAACACUCAAUACACUAUUCCUGCAUGGUCUGUGUCCAUCCUUCCAGAUUGUUAUACUGAAGUCUACAACACUGCAAAGGUCAAUGCUCAAACAUCCAUAAUGACCAUUAAUAAUGAAAAUUCAUAUGCAUUGGAUUGGCAAUGGAUGCCUGAGACGCAUUUGGAGCAAAUGAAAGAUGGCAAAGUUCUUGGAUCUGUUGCUAUAACUGCUCCUCGGCUUUUGGAUCAAAAGGUGGCAAAUGAUACAAGUGAUUACUUAUGGUACAUCACCAGUGUUGACGUCAAACAAGGCGACCCCAUUUUGUCCCAUGAUCUUAAGAUAAGAGUAAACACCAAAGGACAUGUACUUCAUGUGUUUGUUAAUGGAGCACAUAUUGGUUCCCAAUAUGCUACCUAUGGAAAGUACACGUUCACUUUUGAGGCAGACAUCAAAUUGAAACUUGGGAAAAAUGAGAUAUCUUUAGUUAGUGGCACCGUUGGUUUACCAAACUAUGGUGCCUACUUUGACAAUAUACACGUUGGUGUUACUGGCGUUCAAUUGGUGUCACAAAAUGAUGGCAGUGAGGUGACCAAAGAUAUCUCCACAAACGUGUGGCAUUAUAAGGUUGGAAUGCACGGUGAGAACGUGAAGCUAUAUUCCCCUAGCAGAAGCACUGAAGAAUGGUUUACAAAUGGUCUUCAAGCACAUAAAAUAUUCAUGUGGUACAAGACUACAUUCAGAACUCCCGUAGGAACUGAUUCAGUUGUGCUAGAUUUGAAAGGUUUGGGAAAGGGUCAAGCUUGGGUAAAUGGUAACAACAUUGGUAGGUAUUGGGUAAGCUAUCUUGCAGGUGAAGAUGGUUGUAGUUCAACAUGUGAUUACCGUGGAACAUAUAGGUCAAACAAAUGCACAACGAAUUGUGGAAAUCCCACUCAAAGAUGGUACCAUGUCCCAGACUCAUUUCUUCGUGAUGGUCUGGAUAACACAUUGGUGGUGUUUGAAGAGCAAGGAGGUAACCCCUUUCAAGUUAAAAUUGCCACGGUAACUAUUGCAAAAGCAUGUGCAAAGGCCUAUGAAGGACAUGAAUUGGAAUUAGCAUGCAAGGAGAACCAAGUCAUAUCUGAAAUUAAAUUUGCUAGCUUUGGUGUGCCUGAGGGUGAAUGUGGAUCCUUUAAGAAGGGUCAUUGCGAAUCUAGUGAUACUUUAUCUAUUGUGAAACGGGUAACUAAUUUAUUUUAG